AUGUCCAACAAGAAAUCCUAUGAUAUUCUGGUUAAGCUGCUGCUAAUCGGCGACAGUGGCGUCGGCAAAUCAUGCCUGCUACUGCGGUUCUGCCAAGACGAAUUUACACCCAGCUUCAUUUCCACUAUCGGAAUCGAUUUCAAGAUCCGCACUGCUGAGCUGGAUGGGCAAACCGCCAAGUUCCAGGUUUGGGACACUGCCGGUCAGGAGCGGUUCAAGACCAUUACUAUUGCAUAUUACCGCUCUGCAAUGGGCUUCCUACUGACCUACGACGUCACUGAUGAGAAGAGCUUCCAGUCCAUUCGCACGUGGUACCAGGAUGUGAAGAAUAAUGCGCGGGAGAAUGUCGAGAUGAUCCUGGUUGGAAACAAGAAAGAUAUGGCGGAUAAGCGCGUAGUCACUUACGAGCAGGGCAAAGCGCUAGCCGAUGAGCUGGGCAUCCCGUUCAUCGAGGCCUCUGCCAAGACCGCUGAGGGGGUCGACGACGCCUUCCUCCAGCUGGCCCGUAUGGUCAAGGAUAACGUCUACAACCAGGACGAGGAGACGAUCAAGGUGAACAACCAGAACGCUCCUGCGAGCAAGAGCUGCUGUUCUUAG